AUGAGUAUGAAGCGUGGCCAGACACCCGACCAAUUGACAAAAGGCAAGUCCAAAGCACAGUCUGACAUUGAGAGUGGCCCUGAGGAGCUGUCAGACAGUGAUGGAUCAGAACCGAGUGAAAACGAUGCUCAACCUCAUUUACCAUCGCAAGCUAAACGUGGCCGCCCACGCAAAAAUAUCAUCAAGGAAGCCGCAAAACGGAUGAGGAAAAAUUAA